UCAUCAUCAUCAUCAUCCGUAGUCGUUUUGGCUCAAGCAUUUUUAUGCGCAGGACUUCGCAACCGAACAAUCCGACAGGCUGAACGUCGUACGCUUUACGAGGUCAUGCCGCGCAGGUCUAAGGUCUUGCUAUGUAUCGCGACGUUGCUGGCGCACACGGUGACAGGUGCCCCAGCGGCAUGCGACGCAUCAGUUCACCAUGACAGCGGCGACAGCGAGGGUCCGAGCUUGCUUUAGGUUUCCGGGCAGAAGGUUCGGAUUGGUUCACAUUACCCUGGCAUGGGAAGUCAAGCCCAGGACGAGGGAAAUCCCUUGGUGUCUAUCAUGGUUUUAACUUUUAACCAGCCUGCAUUCGUGACACUUGCUUUGCGGCAGAUCAGUGCUCAGGACUAUCCCAACAUUGAGGUCGUGCUUGUCGACGACGGGACGCCGUCCAUUGAAGUGGUGUUGCGGCCAGACUUGAACAUCGGCGCAUCAGGCUUGUCUUUCAUGAGCGCGCCUGUGACCUUAGUGCGAUCGGCGACCCGCCUGUCCAUUGGUGCCAAGCGCAAUAUGGGGCUCACAGCAGCGCGAGGUUCAAUCGUUGUCCAUUGGGACGAUGACGAUUUGUACCCUCCGAAUCGAGUGAGCGUAUAGGUCCGUCCACUCCUCGUUGGGGAAGCGAGCAUCAGUGCCCUUGAGUUGAAAAUCAUUGGUGAGUUACCAGGCGCAAGCUUUGUCUCAACCUCUGCUGAAGUUCGAGCUCGUCCUAGCACUGAGAAAUAUUUUCUAGGAUCCAUCGUUUAUAACAAGACGCUGAUUAUUCAGAUGGGAAGUUUUGCGGAUGUCAGUCUUGCGGGGGACUUGCAUUUUAUUCAAUCGCGUCGCUCACUCCGCCGGCCCAUGUUGCACGAUCGCUGCUGCUUCGCCGCGGGCCCGGGGCCACUGUGGCGCCGCCGAG